GUCCUUAGCCUCCUGGGCAUAGGCGGGGGGGUCCUCAUCCCCUGGAUGCAGUCGAACGGGGUUCCCGGCACCCCCGGACCCACCGGUGUAGGCCCCGCAGCGGAAAGCGGCCGCGACACCGCCGUCCCCUCAGAGGGUCCCGACGACUCUGGGCGACGGGGCGGAGCUUCGCGCCUCGCCACGUCACGGCGGGGCGCUCGCGCCGGCCGCACGUGCGCGCCGCGCGCUGCGGCUGUGCGCACCCCCCCCCCCCAGUUGCCCGCCAAAGGGAGUGGCGCCGAUUGGUUGCGCGAUCCCCCGCCCCACGUGACAGGCGUCGCCACGGUAACCGGCUGGCGAGGGGGAGGGGGGGAGAGGCGGGCAACCAAUGGGCGGCGCCGCGUGACGAAAGGGGUGGGCGGGGCGAGGCGGCGGCGCGCGCGCUUUUCGGCCGUUGGGCGGCGGCCGUUAGGGGCCUAGCGAGUGCCGAACCGCCCCCGCCCCGCCGGUACCGUCGCCAUGAGCGGGGCCGGGGCGGACCGGCCUUCUCCCGCCAAACUCCGCCGCCUGGAAGCUGCCAGCGAGACGGAUCCCCCCAUCGCCUCUACCCGCCGAGAAACGUCACCUCCCGCCGGAGGUCGCGGUGAGGGCGGCGGCGCGCGUGCGCCAGGAGCAGCGAGCGGGCAUGCGCAGUGCGCCGGCGCGCCGGCGCCCCCUGGCGGAGGCUUGGAAACUACCGCUUCCCUUAGGGGGGGCCUGAAGACCACCGUGGGGCCCAAAGGGCGCCUGGAAACCGACGUCACCCCCCUGCUUGGAGCAGGGCAAGGGGGGUCUGGAGACCACCAGGGAGGUCAUGGGGAGCCUGGAGACCACCGGGGAGGUCACAGGGAACCUGAAGACCAACGGGCACAAGGGGAGCCUGGAAACCACUGUCACCUGCUGCUUGGAGCAGGGCAAGGGGGAUCUGGAGACCACCAACGAGGUCACAGGGAGCCUGAAGACCACCAGUGAGGUCAUGGGGAGCCUGAAGACCACCAACAAGCGCAAGGGGAGCCUGGAGACCGCUGUCACCCCCGCUGCUUGGAGCAGGGGAGAAGGAGCAAGGGGGGCCUGGAGACUGCCACCCGAGCUCAAGGAGUGUCUGGAGACCGCCACCAUCGCCUGCUCACAGCAAAGCCGAGGUGAGAAAAGGGUCCCAGAGCCCAAAGGGGGUCCAGCCCCCAGUGUACGGCAGAAAGGCCACAGCCUGGAGGAGUGUGCAGUGAUUUCUCUGGGUGAGGAUGAGGAGGAAGAGGAGGAGGAGGAAGGCCCCAGGAGGUACCUGGCGGCCCUGGAGGCCGUGCAGCUGGAGCUGGAGGCCGUGGAGGAGCAGGCAGCUCGCGCCUUCCGCCGCCUCCGCGCUAAAUUUUGGCUCCGCCGGCGGCCGCACCUGCAGCGCCGCAACCGCCUCAUCCAGCACAUCCCCGGCUUCUGGGUCACUGCCUUCCUGAACCACCCCCAGCUCUCGCCCAUGAUCAGCGACCGCGAUGAGGAUGCCCUCAGCUACAUGACGAGCUUACAGGUGGAGGAAUUUGGCCAAGCCCGACCCGGGUGCAGGAUCCGGUUCUUCUUCAGCGUCAAUCCCUACUUCCAGAAUGACGUUGUGGCCAAGGAAUUCGUGCGCGGUCCCUCUGGUCACCUGGUGUCCCAUUCAACCCCCAUCCGAUGGUGGCAGGGGCAGGACCCCCGUUCUCGUCCCCACAAGGGUCCACCGGCCCCCCGCAGCUUUUUCGCUUGGUUUGGGGACCACAGCUUCCCUGCGGGAGAUCGUAUUGCUGAGAUCAUCAAGGAGGAACUAUGGCCAAACCCGCUGCAGUUCUACUUGUUGGGCGAGGGCGCCGAGGGGAUCCCUGAAAGUGAGAGCGGGGAGGACUGUGUGGUGAUCGUAGACGAUGAUGAGGACGUGCAGGAGAUCCUCGAUGACGGGGAUGGCAGUGGUGUGGAAGAGGUCCUGCCUGAGGAGCCCCCCAGCCCCUCAGCUGGACAGACGAACCCCAAUGGGGGCAGAGAGUAAUUGCGGGGGGGGGCUGGGGGGUGCUCCAGCCCCCCCCUCCCCCUCAAGGCAUUGCGGGUAACGAGGGGCUGGGGGGGGCCCCCAACACAGCUCAGGGUGUUUGUUGGCCUUGAAACCCCCCCCCAACCCGAGGCCCCCCCUCCAGGAACCCCCCAUGGCAGGGGGGGUGUCCCCAGUCUCCCCAACUCCUUGGGGUUCCCUCCCCCAAAUCUCCCCCCCUCCCCACAGAGAGAGAGAAAUACAACUAAUUUAGGACCUUUUUUGUACAUUUUGGGUCAAGAUCUUGUAAAAUUGUCAUUUUAUAUCUAAAAGUAUAUUAUAAUAAAGAUUAUAAACGGGGUACAUGGACGCUCCCCUGAACCCCCAAA